CUCCCCGCGGGGCCCCCUGCUGCCGCUGCCGGGCCGCCUCCAUCGCCGCGCCCGCCCCGCCUCAGCCCAGCGCCCCGACCGCUCUCGCCAUGCGGUUCUGGGUGCUCCUCAGCCUGCUGCUGCUGCAGGACGCGCUGCCGCACGUUAUUGGACAGUCUGCAAAAAAUAAACAUCCAAAAGAACCAGGGGAAAACAAAAUCAGGCCUGUCAAUAAAAAAGUAAAACCCAAAGGCCCCAAAAUGAAGGAGAGAGAAUCUGCUGACUCCUCUUCCAAGUCGCAGUCCAUACUGAUGCAGGUGAUGGAUAAAGGUCGCUUCCAGAAACUAGCUGCCACUUUGAGCCUGUCCGCGGGACAAAGCAUAGAACUGCGCUGCAAGGGGAGCAACAUUACUUGGAGCUAUCCUUCGUACCUAGACACCUUCAAAGACUCCAGACUCAGUUUAAAGCAGCUUGACAGGUACGGUCAGCUGAUCCUCACAAACUCCACUGCAGCAGACACAGGUGAAUAUAGCUGCUGGCUGCAGCACUGCAAUGGUAACAAAUGCAGGAAGGAUGAGACUAAAACGGGUUCAACGUACAUCUUUUUCACAGAUAAAGAGGAACUUUUUGUACCUACUCCCAGUUAUUUUGAGAUUGUCUACCUGAACCCAGAUAAACCUGCAGUCAUCCCAUGCCGUGUUACUACUCCUUCAGCGAAAGUAACUCUACACAGGGAAUUUCCAGCAGAAGAAAUUGAAACUGAUGGAACUAAUAUUAUUUAUGAUGUUAAGAAGGGUUUUGUCUACCAGCACCCUACUUCUGAUCACAAAGGUAUCGUCUACUGCAAAGCAGAGUCACAGGGAGCACCUCAGAUUUCCAUCAAGUAUCACCUACUCUAUGUGGAAGUCCCCAAGGGCCCACCCUCAACCACAAUCGUGGCGUCAUCCAAUAGAGCAGAAGUCAGAGAUGGCAUUCAUGUAAUCUGCACUGUUCUUGGGGAGCCAGAUGUAGACGUGAACUUCAGCUGGCAGUACCCAGGGCAAGAGUCUGAGAGGCCUGUGAUUAUCCAAAACUUCUGGAGACUAAUAAACAGAGGAACUGGACAUACCACAAGAAUCUCAAAGAGCGUUCUUGUUAUUGAAGAUUUUGAAGCCAGAGAUGCUGGAAACUACAUUUGUAUAGCUCAGAACCUACAAGGAGAAACAACUGUGGCCACUGAAGUAGGAACUGAACUGAUAGGAAAGGCUUCUGGACCCUGUAAUGAACUGUAUGUUAUUUUACAUUUUAACCAGUUAGUUUUUUAUUAACGUUUAAAUGAAAGCUUUCUCUAUCACUUUAUUUUCAUAUGUCCAUACAUUCCAUUUUCACUGGCUUGACAGGCCAAACAUCUGGCAGUAGUCAACUGUGAGUUAAAAAUACUAUGAAAUAUUAAACUUUAAGCCUGAACAUGCACAGGGCUUAUAAUGUUUAGGAAUAGGUGCUCUUGAGCUUUGCAUAUGGUCUUUUUCUCAAACUUCUACAAGAUUAACCUGCCGUAUGGCUUGUGCCUUUUUCCUCCAUGAAAACCAAGAGGAUAUAAAAACUCCACCAGUGCAGGCAUCUCUUUUUUUCUGGUGCUGUGCAAUUUCUAAAGUUUAGAAUACUGUACAUGUUUAAAAAAAAAAUCAUAUAGAACUAGCCAAUAGCAAUGUUUAUUUUGUAAGAAUAAUUAAAAUAAUUAACAGUAUAAAACAGUAAAUGUGUA